AUGAAUGGUGAUGAAUUCCUUUGUGUUAAUAAUACAACAAAAAUUAGUCGUGAGGAGUUAAUGGCAUAUGUACGAGAGGAAUUAAUUUGCACUAUUGGCAGUGCGGAUAGUCCAGUUACUAUUCCAGUUUUAAUUACAACAUUCAGAGAAGAUACGUGUAACGAUAUUGGUGUGCUUGCUGAAAAACUUGGAUAUCCAUCAAUUCCUGCCAUGCUGGGUUCAGACGACUUUCGUGACAUUAUAGAACCUUGUUAUACUGACAUGGCGAAGGGUGCUGGCAAUGUAAAUCCUGAGAAGGUUUUUUGUUACAAGAUCAAAUCUCGGCCAGACAUUGCCCAUAUUUUAAGCUCAAUAGAAGAUGCUAAUCGUUUUCGAAGUGCAAAAGAAACUGAGAAAUUUAGAAGAUUACAGGUUUUAAUUCGCGACCCAAAAUCUUGUCCGAAAAUUCUUAUGGGAAAAGAAAAUUUAUUGAAAUGUCUACACAGUUUGGGUGCAGAAGAAAGGGAAGUGGAAUUACAAGAACUUCAAAAUGAGUAUAAACAAAAUUAUGGAGUUGAAAUGAAUAAAUCGGAAUUAAAACGCUUUUUUCCAACUGGCAAGCUUAAAACAAUUAUCGACACUUAUUUAUACAAUGAUAUUGAAAUUUUCACCGAUAAUAAUAGGACGGGAUCUCUUCUUUUUAAAAUGAAACGAACAAUGGAUGAGGUUAAUGCUGAAUGUGAGAAAAUCCUUAAAGAACGAUUGGAGGCUAUUAAAAUGGAAGAAGAGGCGGAAAAAUUAAAAUUGAAGAACAAAUCUAAGACGAAAAAGCCCAAAAAUAUACAGCCAGUACAACCAAGAAAAUUGCGAGUGAUUAAGCCGCCGCCGGAGCCAAAAAUUAAGCCAAAACCUGUUGUGAAGCCUCUAGUAACCCGUUCCAGCAUUUUUUACACAGACGAUGCGUUGUUGGCUAAAAACAUUAAUCUUGUACAUAAACACAAUUCCAACUCCAAUGAUGAAAAUUCUAAUAGUGACGAAGAGGUUAGCGAAGGAGUUGUCGAUGAGGAAAUUAACAAGAAACGCUACACAAGCGCUAUUGAAGGUGCUGUAUUUACUGACAGUGAAAAUGAUGAAAUUGAUGAUGAAGCGGAAGAAUUUCGCCUUGUUAAUUUCAAUAAAGAUUUGUGUUCAACUAGUGAUGCUUCUGUCCCAUCAUCUAGUGAAAGCAAGAAGGAAAAUGGUGUUAAAAAUGAAAUCGACCUUGACGAAUUGAAAAAAUUGUCCGAACAGAGAAAUAAUAUGCGCUUUGCAAUUGCAGCACAAAGUAUGAAAAAACGAAGAGAAUUCUUUCAACAAUUUGAAAAUAGAAAUCAAACGGAUGCUCCAAUGGAGGGAACAUUUGCGGAAACUACAAGGUUUGGUCGACGUGCAAAAGAAGAAGAACAAAGAAGGGAACGAGUUCAACAACUUUUGGAGAAAAUGGAUUCAAAUAAAACUAAACCUUUGAAACCAAAAUUGAUUGUUGCUGAUAAAUCAAAUGAAAAGAAAUUCUUAAUUGCUGCAGUUAUCUCUCAACUUGUUUUGGCAAAUCGGGAACUUGGGUUGUCUGAGAUUGUGAACAUAUUGAAAUUGUUGUUUGCUGAACACUACUCUGAUGUGGAGAUUGAUAUACCGAACUUUGUUGAAGAAUAUUUGCCUUGUAUGAAAUUUGUUAGAGCACCUAUUGAGCCCCAUAUUGUGAUUCAACAAGAAUGUGCUAAAACAUUAGUAAAAUCAUUUACUACAAAAAUUGGGAAUUUUAAUAGAAACUUGAAGAAACUUUGA